AUGGAGUACUGGAACUUGUGCGUCCUCGCCGUUGUCCUCGCCUUCCAGCUCGACGGCGGGCAGGCCGUCACCGACGGUGGUGCGCGCGGCGGCGCGCGGUUCGCCUGUAACGUGUCGAUGCCAUGUGACACCUUCGUGGUGUACCGGACGCAGGCGCCGGGGUUCCUCGACCUCGGCAACAUCUCGGACCUGUUCGGCGUGAGCCGGGCGCUCAUCGCCAGCGCCAACAGGCUGACCACCGAGGACGGGGUGCUGCUGCCGGGGCAGCCGCUGCUCGUGCCGGUCAAGUGCGGCUGCACCGGCGCGCGAUCCUUCGCCAACGUCACGUACCCCAUCCGAGCCCGUGACACCUUCUACAGGCUCGCGGUCACCGCGUUCGAGAACCUCACGGCCUUCGGCCUCGUCGAGGAGCUCAACCCGGCGGCGGAGCCGACCAAGCUAGAGCCGUGGCAGGAGGUCGUCGUGCCGCUCUUCUGCCGGUGCCCGACGCCGGAGGAGCUGAACGCCGGGUCGCGCCUCCUCGUCACAUACGUGUGGCAACCCGGCGACGACGUGUCCGUGGUGAGCACGCUGAUGAACGCCUCCGCGCACAGCAUCGCCGCGUCGAACGGCGUCGCGGGAGACUCCACCUUCGCGACGGGGCAGCCGGUGUUGAUCCCGGUGUCGCAGCCGCCGCGUCUUCCACCGCUGCGCUACGGUGCCAUAGCCGCCGAUUCCAGAGUGAGCAAGCGCCGGCGUGGCAGCAUCGUUGCGGCGAGCAUCGCGGGGUCGUUCGUAGCGUGCGCCGCACUGUGCACGGCGAUAUUGGCGUACCGGAGGUACCGCAAGAAGGCGUCGGUGCCAAGGCUCGUUAGCCCGAAGCUUUCUUGGACCAAGAGCCUCAACAGGUUCGACAGCAACAGCUCCAUUGCUCGCAUGAUCAAUGGAGGGGACAAGCUGCUCACCAGCGUGUCACAGUUCAUCGACAAGCCGAUCAUCGUCAGGGAGGAGGAAAUCAUGGAAGCCACGAUGAACUUGGACGAACAGUGCAAGAUCGGCAGCUCAUACUACCGAGCGAUGCUUGAAGGCGAGGUGUUCGCGGUGAAGCCGGUGAAGGGCAACGUGUCCGGGGAGCUGAGGAUGAUGCAGAUGGUGAACCACGCCAACCUGAUCAAAUUGGUUGGCAUAUCCAUCGGCGCAGACGGCGACUACGCCUUCCUCGUGUACGAGUUCGCGGAGAAGGGCUCGCUUGACAAGUGGCUGUACCAGAAGCCGCCGUGCUCGCUGCCGUCGUCGAGCUCCGUGACAACUCUCUCAUGGAACCAAAGGCUGGGCAUCGCGCUGGGCGUCGCGAACGGCCUGCUCUAUAUGCACGAGCACACGCAGCCGAGCAUGGUGCACGGCGACGUCCGUGCCCGGAACAUCCUCCUCACGGCGGGCCUCAGGGCCAAGCUGUCCAACUUCUCCCUGGCCAAGCCGGUCACAGUCGACGCCGCGGCGACGAGCAGCGACGUGUUCGCGUUCGGGCUGCUUCUCCUGGAGCUCCUCUCCGGGAGGAGGGCAGUGGAGGCACGCGUCGGCGCGGAGAUCGGCAUGCUGUGGACGGAGAUCCGCGCGGUUCUGGACGCCGGCGGGGACAAGAGGGCGGCGAAGCUGAGGAAGUGGAUGGACCCGGCCCUCGGAGGCGAGUACGGCAUGGACGCAGCGCUCAGCUUGGCCGGCAUGGCGAGGGCGUGCACCGAGGAGGACGCGGCGCGGCGGCCCAAGAUGGCCGAGAUGGCGUUCAACCUCUCGGUGCUCGGGCAGCCGCUGUCCGUGGCCGACGCGUUCGAGAAGCUAUGGCAGCCCAGCUCGGAGGACAGCAUUAAGAUCGGCAACGCGGUGGCAGCUAGAUAAAUCAAGAACAUAACAAGGUUUUAGGCUUUUAGGGAGUAUAAUGUUGUAACAAAAAUGUUAAUUGUGUACUGUACAUUAUUUAGGUUGUGUUUUGCUUCUCUUUGUUAAUGUGUAUUAUUGUACACUAUUUUCGGUUCACACGUUGUAAGACAACAGUUCUGUCGCAGCUUUGGACCACAGUGAAAUAGA